UGUAUCUCUCUUUUCACUGUCAGUCCUUUGAUACCCACCGCACCGAAUGUUGGGUACCAGAUUCGACUCGGCGGUACGAUUUCGGAACCUUUCAUUGAAAAAUUUAAAUUCAAAACACACGUGAAUUAAAAUUACUAGUGCGACCUUUAAGUGGGUACUUUAUUGCAUUGUCAGAAGCGCCACAAUAGUUGUAGUAUUUAAAAUCCGUUUCAUACUGCAAAUUUAAUCUAAGUUACCUUGACAGUUGCCUUUGACCCAUAUCUGGUUCUAAUGGUUAAGCUCGACAAUUUUACCGUUCAACAAUUAUCGGCAUAAUUAUUGUGGCAAUUAUAUUAAAAUAUUUUGUUAAAAUUUUGAAAUUUUUUAGUACAAAUGAUGUAAACCUCGGUAAAAUAAAUAUUUAAAUUUACUAAUUACUCAGUGAUAUUAAGGUGCUGUAAAAAUGAGUUCCACAUUUUCAAAACGGAAAAUUGCGAUAUUUUUAGUAGCUGCUGCUGUGGUAAUAGCAUUGGCAGUAGGGUUGGUGUGGAUAUUUGCCAUAAAUAAGAGUGAAAAACUCAAGGGAGCAAUUGUAACUAAUGGACAUGGUUGUUCGGAUAUUGGAAAAUCCAUAUUUGAUCAUGGAGGAUCAGUAGCUGAUGUGGCGAUAGCCAGUCUGUUUUGCGAAGGAGUAUCUCUACCCCAAAGUAUGGGAUUGGGUGGUGGAUUUCUUUUAACCAUCUAUGACAGGGAGACCGGAAUCGUAAAGUCGCUAAACGCACGAGAAAAAGCACCGAAAGCUGCAAAUGAAACUAUGUUUGAUGGAAAUCCAUCAUCAUCCAAAUUCGGUGGACUAGCUGUGGCCGUACCAGGCGAACUAAAAGGUUACUGGUUCCUUUAUAAACAAUAUGGGUAUUUACCAUGGGCAGACCUUAUUCAACCCACCAUAGAUUUAUGCAAAAACGGUAUUUACGUCACGGAAUUUUUAGCAAGAACUUACUUAUCCAGGAAAGACACUUUAUAUGCUGAUCCUGUUUUAAGGGAUUCGUUUAUUAAUCCGGAAACAAAUACUACCUAUACAGAAGGGGAAUACGUAAAAAGACUGAGAUUAGCUAAAACAUUGGAAAUAAUUGCCACAGAAGGAGUAGAUGCACUUUAUAGCAAAAAUGGCUCAUUAAUUGAUGGAUUUGUCAAAGACAUUCAGGAUAAUGGUGGAAUCAUCACUGCAGAAGAUUUAAUAGAAUACGAACCUAUUUGGCAAGAGCCAAUUACCGCAUCGAUGAGUGAUGGGCAAACCCUGUACACCACUCCUUUGCCAGGAUCUGGCAGCGUUCUAACUUACAUACUCCAGAUCCUGGAUGGUUUCAUUGAUUUGAAUCAUUUAUACACAGGAGAAACUUUCCAAAGAAUCGUCGAAGCAUUCAAGUUUGGUUACGGAAGCAGAACCAAUUUGGGCGACGACAUGUACGAAAAUGUAACGAGUGUGGUAAAUGAUAUGGUAUCAAAAUCCUAUGCAGAACAAAUAAGAUCACUAAUAAAGGAUGACAGCACUAGCCAAAAUAGGUCUUAUUACGGUGCUUAUAGUGACAUAGUUGAAGAUCAUGGUACGGCUCAUAUUUCAAUACUCGCUCCAAAUGGGGACGCAAUAUCUGUUACAAGUACAAUCAACUUAGUAUUCGGAGCGGGUUUUGCUUCAAAUUCAACCGGGAUUAUUUUAAAUGACGAAAUGGACGACUUUUCCACUCCAAGCAGCACAUCACCAUCCCCGACCAAUUUUAUUAAACCCGGCAAACGGCCGUUAUCUUCCAUGGUUCCAUCAAUUAUCUUAAAGGACAAAGACGUAGUCUUAGUUGCUGGAGCUGCAGGCGGCACCAAAAUCACAACUGUUGUUGCUUCAGUCAUACUCAAACAUCUUUGGUAUAAUGUGGACCUUAAUGAGGCCAUAACAGAGAAAAGAGUGCACCAUCAACUCUCUCCCAUGACUGUCGAAUUUGAGGAAGGCUUUGACGAAGUGUAUCCAGAUAUUGUGAAAAAAUUGACAGAAAUUGGUCACGAAACCAAGUUCACUCCGACUUCGGAUGGGUUUUCGGCAGUCACAGCGGUCACCAAGAAAAACAAUACAUUACAAGGGGCUUUUGAUGACCGAAGGGGCGGCUAUGUAACAUUUGUUGAACGAUAAAUACACUUACUAUUGAAUAAUCGAACCAACAAGUUGUAACAAACAAGUUACAACAAUCUAAGUGUAAACAUCGUGAAUGGUGAGUGGAACAACGAUUCAAACGAUUGAAACAAAUAAAAAAUAAUGAGAUAGAAGCACCAACCAAAUUAAGUCAAUUUAUUCUACACUGAGCACUGAGACGAUAUUUUCUAUACUAUUCUACUGGUGCUGAAUUUACUAGGAUUUAAUCCAAAAUUGUUGCAACUAAAUUUGAAACCCUUUACCUUUCGUUUUAUUAAUUUACUCUAGAAUGACGAAGAAAAAGGAUUUUAGUAAGUCGACGCAAUUUUUAGUUCAGCUAGAUAUACUGAUUACAAGUAAUUUUGGAUAUAUUUCAGAUAUUUGCCUUGAUUGAAGGCAAUUAGAAUUAUUAAUAUUAAGAAAAUGGCUUGGGGUAUUGUAAUAAAGUAAUCCACAGUCACCUAUACAGUGCGAGUAAGACUAGACCGCAAUUUUUCACACUAGUUGUUAAAUUAGUUCCUAAAACACUGGCUUGGCGAUCAGCUCAAUGCUGCUAUUGAUUAUAAAGCAUAAAAUAUUUAUAUAAAAUAAUUAUCUAUGCGCAAGCGAUAUGCACUGGAUAUAAAAGUGUCAAAUUGUAAUGUUGUUUCGGAUUUACAUUAUUUUUUCUUGCAUCGUCUCGUUCUUGUAACGUAGCACAAAAACCCUACUGUUCGCUGCUUUGUUUACAUUUAGCAAAUUUAUUUUAUCAUUUAUAGUUUUAAUAAACUCGUGAUAUUUAUUUAUUAGAAGAAAUAGUUAGUUAUUUACCAAGUUAGUAAACUUUAAGCUAAACAUAAUUUUAAAUAUAUUUUAGAAUUAGAGCGAGAUUGACGCUUGUUAGGUUUAGAGUCGUGGCUUUAUUUAAAAUGAUUCAUACUAUUUUCCUAUUAUGUGUAAUUUUAGUAACAAGAGCUACAUCUAAUUCUAUAUUAAGCACAAAUCGAUUUUAUGAAAGAAUUGUUACAUUAUCUUAAUAAGUGUUUUUGAAAUGCGUAAUUUGAACCACGUGAAUCACUGAAAACAUCAGCAAAUAUUAAAAAAUAUUGAACCAA